GCCUUUUUUUUUUCUCUCGUACACACUCGUGUUCAACCUAGCAGAGUUGACCUGAGAGCCCGCGACCACCAUUCCUUCCCCAAUCCCCACCCAGCUCGCUUGUCGCCCCCCGUGCCGAAGGCGCCUCGAUCCAGAUCCACCCAUCCUUCCGUUCCACCACAACUGCUGCACCUCUCUCUUCUUCCUAAGGCGUUGUCCGGCGUGGAGUCGAGAUCGAUCUGGUUGAUUUCUUGUUGGAUUUGAGUUGAGAUCCAGCUUGUUCUUGUGAGUAGCCAUGGUGGUACAGUCACUAUAGCAUUACAAGAAUGACCACACUCUAGUUUAUACAGGCAGAUUUCUGUGUAAAGACUGCUCGAGCUUCAUUCACUCUCAUCAGCUGGAAGUUAAGAAACUUCAAGCAUGAGCUCUCGUCGUGUGAAAUGGAAUGAAGACAAUUUGUACGAGAUUGAAUCAAACAAACCAGUGAGGCAGAAGAUAACGGAGCCAAAGACACCAUAUCACCCUAUGAUAGAUGAUGACGGUUCACUAUCACCAACACGUCCUUUUGACAAAUGUCUUGAUGAGACUGUUCAAGCUGAAGCUAUUUUAACUGCUUUAAAUGGUGUGGCUUCGUCAAGCAAUAAUAACUCAAAGGAUGAUGGUUGGGCAUCCUCAGAUGAUGACGCAGAUGCGAUGGAACAAGAUGAUGAUGCAAAAUCUGACGAAACAAGGUUGAGUUUCAAGGAGCAUCGUCGUGCCCACUAUGAUGAGUACCACAAGGUUAAGGAAUUAAUGCGCACUGGAUCUCUUGUUGAUGAUGAGGCUGAUGAUGAUGACAGGCGUGUAAACAACAGUGAAGGCAAGAGUGCUGGAAAAAGGGCAAUGACGAAAGACAGCAAACCCUCACCGCAAACAUGAGGGCUGAGAUAAACGUCCUAUUUGCUCUGUUGUUCACUAUGCUAGGAAAGUACAUUGCAGUUGAAGCAUGGGGUUUGCCUAAGUAUGUAGCGUGCUUAGUGUGUGUUAACCCUGAUUUUAUGUAAGCAAAGCAGUCAUUUGGUCUAUUGUUUACUUGACCUGCCUACACCUGCAAAUAGGCGUUUGGUUUGGACUGGUUGAUCGGAAAUAACUGCGUUACGACUUGCUAAGAUCUUUGGAACUGAAGAACUUGAUGAGACUGAGGUAAAGAUUGAGACCUCUCUAGCUUCUCA